AGUGCCCUACGCGUCUAUUUGGAAUCCUGCCCCGGGUUAAAUAGAUUUUUUUUUGCCUGUCCGUAACUUAGACUCCGAGCGAAAAUAAAACUGGUUUGUCCAAGGAGAGCGGUUAUUUCCCAUUGAGCGGGAUUAAAUAACACUUCCACAAGAUUUAGUGUUGACGGGCUGGUCGUAUGUUUUGUUUUUUAUUUAGUUUUUACAUGCUAUGAUGCGAAACGCGGAUUUUGCGGGAAAAUUGCUGGAAAGUUAGAUGUGAUUGUUGAUGUGCUUAUGUGUUAAAAAGCCAUCCGGAGACAGUAAUGCUGCGUCCUCAAACAAGCUUUUAGGAGAAGUUUUUGGUUUUCUGUAGUCAGGUAAAUAACUGGGCAGAAAAUAAGUUUGAUAUAAACGUCAAGCUGGAAUAUAAAGGGAAUGUCUAAUCAAGGAAGCAGGAGAAAUGGUCCAGUGAAACUGCGGCUCACAGUUCUCUGUGCGAAGAACUUGUCAAAGAAGGACUUUUUCAGACUGCCAGACCCCUUUGCUAAAGUUGUGGUGGAUGGUUCAGGUCAGUGCCACUCGACAGACACCGUCAGGAAUACACUGGACCCCAAGUGGAACCAGCAUUAUGACCUUUAUAUUGGGAAGCUGGACUCGAUCACCAUCAGCGUCUGGAAUCAUAAGAAGAUCCAUAAGAAGCAGGGAGCAGGCUUUCUGGGCUGUGUGCGUCUCCUCUCCAAUGUCAUCAACCGCCUCAAAGACACUGGCUAUCAGAAGUUGGACCUGAACAAGCUCGGCCCGAACAAUAAUGACACCAUCAAAGGGCAGAUAGUAGUAAGCUUGCAGUCGACAGACAGGAUAGGAACGGGAGGCCCCUUGGUGGACUGCAGCCGUCUGUUUGAUAACGACUUACCGGAUGGCUGGGAGGAGAGAAGAACUGCAACAGGCAGAAUUCAGUAUCUCAAUCACAUCACACGAACAACACAGUGGGAAAGACCAACCAGGCCCGCCUCGGAGUACGCGAGCCCCGGUCGGCCCCUCAGCUGUCUGUUGGACGAGAACACACCCAUCCUAAAUUCUAAUGCCGCCUCAGGUGUCUCACACACCAACUCCAGAGCUCAGGAGAGACACGUCCGCUCACAGAGGCACAGGAACUACAUGAGCAGAACCCACUUACACACACCUGCUGAUCUCCCUGAAGGAUAUGAGCAGAGAACCACACAACAGGGCCAGGUCUACUUCCUUCACACACAGACUGGAGUGAGCACGUGGCAUGACCCACGUGUGCCCAGGGAUCUCAGCAAUGUGAACUGUGAGGAGCUCGGGCCGCUCCCAUCAGGAUGGGAGAUUCGAAACACAGCAACUGGCCGAGUGUACUUCGUGGACCACAACAACAGGACCACGCAGUUCACAGACCCACGUCUGUCAGCCAACCUGCACAUAGUGCUCAAUCCAAAUGGAUCUCGUGGUAUGGAGAAUCCAAACGUCAGUCGUGCCCCACAGCCGAAGGAACAGCCUGUGUUGUGUAAUCUCCCCGAGGAGGCUGAAGAGUGUUUAGCUGCUCCUAAGUACAAGCGGGAUCUGGUGCACAAGCUGAAGGUGUUGAGGCAGGAGUUGUCUCAGCAGCAACCACAAGCUGGCCACUGUCGCAUCGAGCUCUGUAGAGAUGAGAUCUUUGAGGAGUCGUAUCGGCAGGUCAUGAAGAUGAGGCAGAAGGACCUGUGGAAGAGGCUAAUGGUGAAGUUCAGAGGAGAGGAGGGGCUUGAUUAUGGAGGUGUGGCCAGAGAAUGGCUGUACCUGCUAUCCCAUGAGAUGCUGAACCCAUACUACGGUCUGUUCCAAUACUCACGUGAUGACAUCUACACGCUUCAGAUCAACCCCGAUUCUGCCGUCAACCCAGAGCACCUGUCAUAUUUUCACUUUGUGGGCCGGAUCAUGGGCAUGGCGGUGUUUCAUGGCCAUUAUAUCGACGGAGGCUUCACUUUGCCCUUUUACAAACAGUUACUAGGUAAAUCCAUCACACUCGACGACAUGGAGGCCGUGGACCCCGACUUACACAACAGCCUCGUCUGGAUCCUGGAAAAUGACACCACAGGUGUACUGGACCACACGUUCUGCGUGGAGCACAACGCAUACGGGCAGAUCAUCCAGCACGAGCUUAAACCAAACGGCAAGAACAUCCCUGUCAGUGAAGAGAACAAGAAAGAGUAUGUCAGGCUGUAUGUGAACUGGCGCUUCCUCCACGGGAUCGAAGCUCAGUUCCUGGCUCUGCAGAAAGGCUUCAACGAGGUCAUACCACAGCACCUACUCAAGGCCUUCGACGAGAAGGAGCUGGAGUUAAUCGUGUGUGGCCUGGGGAAGAUCGACAUCCACGACUGGAGGGCAAACACGCGCCUGAAGCAUUGCACAGCUGACAGCAGCGUGGUGAAGUGGUUCUGGAAAGCCGUGGAGACGUUCGACGAGGAACGGAGAGCCAGGCUCCUGCAGUUCGUCACCGGCUCAUCUCGAGUGCCUCUGCAAGGCUUCAAGGCUUUACAAGGUGCUGCAGGGCCCAGACAGUUCACUAUCCAGCAAAUCGAUGCCAACACCAACAACUUGCCUAAAGCUCACACGUGUUUCAAUCGCAUCGACGUUCCUCCGUACGAGAACUACGACAAGCUCUACGACAAGCUGCUGACGGCUAUCGAGGAGACCUGCGGCUUUGCAGUCGAAUGAGGAUCCCACACACACACACCCACUCCCCCACAAAACACACACACACACACAGAGCUGCCAUCAGGAAUCCAGAGAGUCCAACAUUGGCGUGAUGUCACUGCAAGCGCCAAGAUUAUUAUGUGACAAAUACAGAAGGAAGAGGGAACGAAUGGAAGCAAAUGGUUACACUUUUUUUAGUUAUCUGUCAUGCUUUUUUUCCCAAUCUUUUUUAAUUGUUUUUUUUUUUCUUCUCUCAGCUGCUAUCAUCAGAUUUAGAAGAAGUAAUUAUGUUUAGUCGAGAAGUUUUCUUUUAAUUUUAGUGAAUAAGGUGAGACUUCUUUGUGCAUCUCCUGUUUAAUAUACAGUCUGUAAUGAAGGCAGGGUAACAUUUUCACCUCCGCCGUGGACGUCUUCCAGACAACAGCAUUGCUCAGGCUUGUUACAAAAUGUUUUUUUUUUCUUUGCGAAUGUAAUGAGAGGAUGAAAGUAAUAAAAUACUGAACUGUGCAGUCUUUUGACUGUAGACAUGCACAUUUAGUGCUGUAGCGGGUGUUCUGUUAGCACCAACAUCUUUAGCUCCAUAAUAUAAUGCGAUGUUUUUCGAUUUAUAAAUUCUGCCUAUAAGAUUUACUGUUACAGGAAUUGAAAUAAAAAUCAAACAAAU